AUGUAAUAUAUUGAUCAAGGAAGUGCCAUAUCAACCAAAUCAGUCUCAGGUAGAAGAUUGCAAAAAAAGAACUCCCUCUUCUAUUAACAAUCCGUCCUAGAAAACCAGGAAUUUACUCAAAGAUAUGAGAAGAACAUCGACGAAUUGAAAAUCUUCAAAGAUGAUCACCAACUUCAACCAUACAAAUAACAUUUCUCAAUUAGAAAUGCAAGAUUUUUUGAAUAACUAGAACAAAUAGUCAAAGUUGAAUCAUCUCUCAAAGAUUUUGCCAAAGGUUAUGAAAAAUAUGGCUUUGUUGUCUCAGAGUCAGGGAUAUUGUACAAGGAAUGGGCUCCUGGAGCUAAGGAAGUAUAUCUAACUGGGGAUUUUAAUAAUUGGGAUAAAACUCAGUAUUCUUUGACUUCAGAUACCUUCGGAAAUUGGGAGAUAUUUCUGCCCAGAAAUGAAGAUGGAACAUAUGUGAUAGCCCAUGGUUCUAGAGUGAAGACUUACAUAAAGAAUGCCAAAGAUGAGUAUGUUUAUAAGAUACCUGCAUGGAUUAGAGCAACCUGGCAAAAUGAAGAAAAUAAAAUGUUUGAUGGAGUCUUCCACAAUCCAGAGAAUAAAUACGAGUUCAAGCAUGGUAGGCCUGUGAAGCCAAAGAGUUUGAAAAUAUAUGAGGUGCAUAUAGGGAUGGCAGGAAUUGAGCCACGAGUUCACACUUUCAAAGAAUUCACGCAGUAAGUUUUACCAAGAGUGGUUAAAUUAGGAUACAACGUGAUUUAGAUAAUGGCAAUAUAGGAGCAUGCGUAUUAUGGUAGUUUUGGGUAUCAUGUUACGAAUUUCUUUGCAGUAAGUAGUAGAUUUGGCAGUCCAGACGAUUUGAAGGAACUGAUUGAUACAGCCCAUCAAUACGGGAUACAUGUAUUAAUGGAUUUAGUACAUAGUCACGCAUCUAGUAAUGUGUAGGAUGGGAUAAAUUAAUGGGACGGAACAGAAUAUCAAUAUUUCCAUGCGGGAACAAAGGGUAAUCAUGAUUUAUGGGACUCCAAAGUGUUCGACUAUUCUAAAUGGGAAGUGAUGAGAUUCCUGCUCUCAAAUUUGUCAUGGUGGAUCAACGAAUACUAAUUUGAUGGUUUCCGAUUUGAUGGUAUAACCUCCAUGUUGUAUGUUCAUCAUGGUAAUGGACAGGGAUACACUGGAGGCUUACAUGAAUAUUUCAAUGAACAAGCAGACCUAGACUCUUUGGUUUAUUUGAUGUUGGCAAAUGAUUUAAUUCAUGAAAUCAAUCCAGAUGCAAUAACUAUUGCAGAAGAAGUAUCUGGAUAUCCUUCAUUGUGCAGGACAAUUAAAGAGGGAGGAAUCGGAUUCGAUUAUAGAAUGGCUAUGGCAGUACCAGACAAAUGGAUUAAAUUGUUAAAGGAAAUAAAGGAUGAUGAUUGGGAUAUGGAAGACAUCACUAACACUCUUACGAAUAGAAGACAUCUUGAAAAUUGUAUCUGUUAUGCUGAAUGUCAUGAUUAGGCUUUGGUUGGAGAUAAGACCUUGUCGAUGUGGCUGUUUGACAAGGAGAUAUACACUUAGAUGAGCACUCUUACACCAGAAACCUUGGUCACUUUCAGAGGAAUGGCUUUGCAUAAGAUGAUCAGAUUGAUAACCUUUGCUCUUGGAGGUGAAGGCUAUCUAACUUUUAUGGGGAACGAGUUUGGCCAUCCUGAAUGGAUUGAUUUUCCAAGAGAAGGCAAUGGGUGGUCGUAUCAUCAUGCAACAAGAAGAUGGGAUUUAGCUGACAAUUAAACUUUAAGGUUUUCUAAACUAUUAUAAUUCGAUAUUGAGAUGCUCAGUUUAGAAUCUAAGAAUCCCUGGUUACCUGAUGGCCAAUAAUGGGUUACUGAGAAGCAUAAUGACAUGAAAGUCAUCAUCUUUGAAAGGGGUUCAUUGCUUUUUGUAUUCAACUUUCAUCCCUCACAAUCUUAUGAGCAUUUCAAAGUAGGAACCAAAUUUAAUGGAGAUCAUUUUAUAGUUUUGGAUACCGACGAUGUGAGGUUUGGGGGACAUUCAAGGGUUUCUCCAUAAUAUGAUAAGCCAUUCACCUUAGUCAGAGAAGGGUGGUAGGGAAGACCUAAUCAUAUACAAAUUUAUUUGCCAAAUAGGUGUGCUAUUGUUUUCAAAUCAAAUGAGUGA